CUCGUCUUUUGGGCAACACCUCUAUUCACCCCCUCUCUAGAGGUGUGCGAGGCGUCCGACAAGUGGUAUCCCGCUGAAAAUUUAAAAAGAUCAUGGCCGGAAGAACAUUUCAACCCGGAGUUGCCGAAGGACAAUCCACGACAAGGCCACCACUCUUCGAUGAGACAAAUUAUGCUUAUUGGAAAGAGAGGAUGAGAAUAUUCAUCCAAUCAAAUGAUUAUGAUUCUUGGAUGGUGAUCAAGCAUGGAGAGACGGUUCCCACGAAGAUUGUUGACGGGGUUCUUGUUCCAAAGCUAGAGACAGAAUAUACCUCAAAUGACAAGAAGAAGAUGCAACUAAAUGCAAGGGCCAUCAACUUUCUAUAUUGUGCCGUGAACCCGGAUGACUAUCGGAAAAUCUCAAGGUGCAAGACGGCCAAUGAGAUGUGGAACAAAUUAGAGGUCACAUAUGAAGGAACAAGUAAAGUGAAGGACUCAAAGAUCGACUUACUCACCCAUGAGUAUGAACUUUUCAUGAUGAUGGAAAAUGAAACAAUAGAUGGCAUGUUCGAGAGAUUUUCAACUAUCAUCUCAAAUUUGGAUACACUUGGGAAGCAUUAUGAGGAUCAUGUUCUCGUUCAAAAAAUCCUUCGAAGUCUCACACCGGAAUGGAAGUCUACGGUCAACCCUAUCAAAGAAGGCCGAGAUUACAAUACAUUGACAUAUGACGCACUUCGAGGUAAACUACUCACUUAUGAAAUGUCUAACUUUUCUAGUGCAGUGAAGAUCAAAAGAGAUCAAAAUCUAUCAUUCAAAGGAGUUGCACUCAAAGCUUCAUCGUCAAAAUAUGUCGAGACAAGCGGCUCUGGAGAAAGUGAUAUUCUCGAGUUAUUUAAUGACUUCUUGCAAAAUGAGCUUGAGCAAUUGAAUGAGAGUACAAAGCCUACUUGCUAUGGAUGUGGAGAGCGUGGACAUAUCAAGGGUCAUUUUCCUAAUCGAAAAUUCAAUAAGUCCAAACACCGAAAGCAAUCCAACUAUAGCUCCUCUUCCUCAUCCGAUGAUGAAGUAGCCAUUUGUUUUAUGGCUCAAAGUGAAUCUGAAGAGUCGGAUUUGAGCGCCGGUCGGCUAGGCCAUGGUUUUGGACUAGCCAUCUACCUAGCGAUGGUAGAUAUCAUCCAUCCAUGGGUAAGUGAUCCCGGGAUUCCAGAACUAUGCAACCCAGCGAUGGGAGAUAUUACCCAUCCAUGGGGAGGUUUGUUCCCUUGGUUGUACGAAGGAAAGGCAUAUUCCUUCGGGUUGAAGUCUUGGAGUGCGGUAUCUCCGAGCAAGUGUAUUGAGGCUCGUGGGACUCGAGUUCUCAGGUUGUAACGGUUUGUUAAGCACCCGUAAGCUUAACGGAAGUAGUGUAGCUCGAGAGAGUCUCUCAGGAGGCUGGACUAGCCACACGUUGUGGUGAACUAGGGUAAAAUCGGUGUGUUCUUUCCUUACUCUUUUUUAUUCUGCUCUUUACUUUAUCCCU